CGCACAUUCCAUUGCGCUCCCACCAGUGGGAACCUCAGUAUCACAAAGCGACGAACCUUAUCCACAUUGAAUUUGAGGUCACAGGCAAGUUGCCGCGUGAAUGUUGGUAACAGCUUCGCGUAAUAUAAACCUGUGACGAUUUGACGGACCUUCCGAACACCUAUCGCCUAUGCAUUCUCAGUUAUCUAAGCUUGUUUCCCUUAUCUCAAGCGCCGUCGAUGUUGUGCAGGAAACCUUUGCCAAAACCUCUCGUCCUGAGGUUCCUUCGUUGGACGACACUACUCGUCAUCCUCUAGAUAGUCCUGAGUCAUCUUCGAUGGAGUUGAUGGAGGCUAUCCAGACCAUAGAGGGUGCAUGUGCACAGCUGUGCGCUCUUGUCGCUCGUCCGAACCAUACAAUGCUCAACAGAGUAUUUGGCAUGUUCGAACCUGCCUGUAUUCGCGUUGCAAUUGAAUUCAAAAUCGCUGACCACCUCUUCGCCAGACCUGAAGGUCUUCACGUGUCCGAGCUUGGUGCGCUAUCGGGAGUAGAACCUCAGAAGUUAGGAAGAAUUUUGAGCUUACUCGCCAGCAAGCAUUGUUUCCGGAAGAUCGAACGUGAUGUUUUUGCGAAUAAUCGUCUCAGUAUGGCGCUCGUAAGCGUGGGUGGUAUAGCAGCGUAUGCCAAUAUUAUUACCGACGAAGUCAACAAAUCUGCUUCCAUGCUCACCGAGAAUCUACGAGACCCGGAUUGGGGACAUUCAUAUUCGCCUGCUCAUGCGCCAUUCAAUUCCUGGAGCAAAUACUCUGGUUCAAUAUACUCGUGGUAUGAAGGAAUAGGAACAGAUGAUGGCGUCGUGAGGGGCAUGCGCUUCGGGCAGGGUAUGAAAGAAUGGAAUGCUACUACUGAAACAUCUGCGAUUAUCAACGAAUAUCCAUGGGUAACUCUACGCGAUGGUGCCACUAUGUGUGAUGUCGGAGGUGGUAUCGGGUCCAUCUCUAUGCAGCUGGCGGAAGCCUAUCCCCACCUCCGUAUCGUGCUCCAAGAUCUACCCGCACCAAUACAGAAUGCGAAGAACGACAUCUGGCCAAAAUUAUGUCCCGCGGCUAUUGAAACUGGGCGUGUAGAUUUCAAGGCCAUGGAUUUCCUGGUCGAAUCUCCAGUCGGAGGCUGCGAGGUGUACUAUCUGAAACACGUUAUACAUAACUGGCCGGACAAGGAAUGCAAGAUGAUUCUUACUGGUGUGAAGAACGCUAUGGGACGAAGCAGUCGUCUGUUAAUUCACGAAUAUCUUAUUCAACCUGUAAACCGAGAGAAUACCCUAUCUCCGGGCCUGAAAGAAGCUCCUGAUCCUCUUUUACCUAAUUAUGGAGCUGGACGUAUACGCGAGUACAACCUUGAUUUGGCGGUAAUGUGUUUGUUCAAUGGUCAAGAACGCCAGUUGGAUCAGAUUGUUGAGCUCUGCAGGGCGUCUGGAUUGAAUUUUGUGCGGGUAUGGGAUUUUGGAGAGAGUGGACUUGUUGAGUUUUGCUUGGAGUGAGUCCAGCUGGGGUGGCGACCAGGGUAGCAAUUUCUUUAAUGUACAUAGCCUGCUUUUAUCUCCUUUAUAUUUCUUUGUAGGUCCUUUACAUUGAAAUUUCUAGUCUAAAGCGCC